GACCCAGUCUCUCUAGCUGCUUUUAGCAACGCGGGUGUAUUUACAAUGCAUACACUAGCUUUGAGCCCAAUUGUAUUGGGUUGCACAAAAACAGUGCGCAGGAAGCGAGUUAAAUACAAUUCCAUUUCGAUUUACUGUGCCGGUCGGUUGGUCACUAUGACGGGGAAUAUAAAUAAAUAAUAGUUACGCACAUGCGUCAUGUGGUCAAAAAAUGAACAACUUGUGGGGGGACUUUUAUUUUGACAUGAAGUAAGCAGAGAAGAAAUGGGUCUAUAACAGACCCACGUUUGGAAGGUCUCUAAUUCCCUGUUUUUGUGCAACCCAAUAUAGUUGGGAGCAACGCUAGUGUAUGUAAAUACACCCCCGUUGAUAAAAGCAGCUACCCUCUUCCAAGUACUGAUGUAACAAACAUGCAAUAAUCAUUACAAGCAUGGCAGUUGCAUAACUUAAACCAAGGAUCCUCUCAGAAUCUAAUGAUGAUUUGUAGCCUAGUUGUUGUAUCCAGAGUCGUAUAGAGAUCUAUACUGGUCGUGGUGAAAUCAGUGGGUUUAAUCCAUGGUCAUGUCCAUAUUCUACAACCCCUUUUAUUUUGCCCAGUAAAUGCAUAGGUAGGGAUCUCUUGCUUUCAUCAAUCCAGCAUUUCCAAUGGUGAUGACUCAUGAAGGAAAGAAGAUGAUGAGAACCCAGUAGAGUUCUUCAGACAGCGGAACCAUGGCAGCUGUGGGGACAUGGGGUUUCUCUCAGCCUUCUGUGGAGAGGAUACGGUCCCUGAUUACUGCUGGAGGACACGCCACAGAUGCUGUAGAGGAGGCCAUGGCAGAUGUUGAAGAUGAUCCAAAGACUGGGCUUCACAUUGUGGGGAGGGGAGGAUUCCCUAACAGUGGGGGAGUGUUGGAGUGUGAUGCUGCCAUCAUGGAGGGCAUCACUGGCAGGUUCGGGGCAGUCGCAGCACUACGGGGGGUUGGGGCUCCGGUGCGGGUGGCUCGUAGGGUGAUGGACAGAAGCCCCCACAGUCUGCUUGUUGGGGAGGGAGCAGUAGCUUUUGCCAGGGAGCAGGGCUUUACUAUAGAGCCCAAUGACAACAUGCUGAGUGCACACUCAGCCAAGGCUUACCAGGAAUUUCUGGAACAGAAGCAAAGUGUCAGUGGACAUGACACACUUGGACUUAUAGCGUUAGACAACAUGGGGAACAUAACUGUUGGAGUUUCUACUUCAGGGGCCCCCUUCAAAUCACCAGGGAGGGUGGGAGACUCACCCCUACCUGGAUGUGGCCUAUACGCUGAACACAUGGUGGGAGCUGCGGCAGCCACAGGUGAUGGUGAUAAAAUAAUGUGUCAUUGCCCAAGCUUCCACGCUGUUCAACUGAUGAAACAGGGGUCAUCACCCAACAUGGCCUGUUCCACUGUUCUGGAUGACAUCAUCAGGAGGACUGCCCCGGACAAGUGCUUUGAGAUUGGACUCAUCGCCCUGAACGUGAAGGGUGAAGUAGGGGCUGCCUCUUCAGUGGAUUUUCCCUACACAUUCUGGAUCCAGGGGAAGGACUAUGUGGAAACAAGUACUCAGCUUCCAAAUUCCACAGAAAUGGAGGGCACAGAAAAAUGUGACACAUGUACAGUAAAAUAAAGGGUGUGUCAUUUUUAACA